AUGAUGCAAGGAGGCGGUGAUAAAAAGGCCAAGAAGACCAUUGAAGAUUUAUUUAAGCAGCUAGCUGUUGAAGAGGAAACAUCCCCGGCUGCACCUCCAAAAUCAAUGGAUGAAUACAAGUUUUGGAAAACUCAGCCAGUUCCAAGAUUCGAUGAAACUGAUGAAGAAAUCACCGAAGGUCCUAUUGAUGCAACAAAGACAGUCAACGAUGUCAGGAAAGAACCAUAUCCUCUACAUGCUUCAUUUGAGUGGGUCACGCUGGACCUUGAGUCUAAGACGGAUUUAGACCAAUUACACGAAUUGCUUUAUGAUCAUUAUGUCGAAGAUCAUGAUGCUGUAUUCAGGUUUGCAUACUCUAAGUCUUUUUUCAAUUGGGCGUUAAAACCACCAGGAUGGGUAAAGGAAUGGAAUGUUGGCGUCCGUGUCAAAGAAACAGGGAGACUAGUUGCUUUUAUCAGCGGUGUACCAUGUGAUUUAACUGUUAGAAAAAAUACUGUAAAAUCUGUUGAAAUCAACUUCUUGUGUGUUCAUAAGCAGUUAAGAUCUAAGAGACUGGCGCCAUUGCUGAUCAAGGAAGUCACUAGAAGGGUCAACUUACAUAACAUUUGGCAGGCUUUGUAUACAUCCGGUACGGUUUUACCAAAGCCUGUGACUACAUGUAGGUACGGCCACAGACCAUUGAAUUGGGCCAAACUUUUUGAAGUGGGCUUUAGUUCCCUACCAACUGGUGAAACUAAGGCUAGUAUGGUUGCUAAACUAAGUCUCGGAAGUGAAACUAAAUCUAAGGGAUGGAGGAAAAUGGAGGAGGGGGAUAUUGACAGUGUCUUCGAAUUGUAUGAAUCAUAUAGAGAAAGGUUUGACAUUUCACAAAUCAUGGACAAAGAUGAUAUCAAGCAUUGGAUAUAUGGCGGUGCUCAGCAAGACGGCAAAGUGGUUCACGCAUAUGUUGUUGAGGAUGCUGGUUCUGGCAAAAUUACCGAUUUUAUUUCUUUUUACGUUUUACCCUUCACGGUUUUACAAAAUCCUCUUCACAAAGAAAUCGGUAUUGCAUAUCUCUACUAUUAUGCAAGUGGAGAAGGAAUUGGCAAAGACAAAAAAGAUCCUGUAUCACAGACGCUACUAAAGAAAAAGCUGAAGUCUCUUGUCACCGACGCAAUGAUCGAAGCAAAAAAGAUUAAUAUUGACGUCUUCAAUGCGCUGUCCUCUCAAGAUAAUAAUCUUUUCUUAGAAGAUCUUAAAUUUGGGGCUGGGGAUGGCUUCUUAAACUACUAUCUUUUCAAUUAUAAGGUUAAGCCAAUUUUUGGUGGUCUAGAUAAGGAUUACGAUUUUGCAAAAGACACCAGCGGUGUUGGUGUAGUUCUACUAUAA